AAGGAUACAUGCAGUUGUGCCUUUCAUUUGUCAAGCUUCUACAUGCUUUUAAGAUCAUCUUUGUUAGUUGUAGGCUUUGAUCGAAUAUCGCGUAGCCCAGGAUGCCAUCAACAUUUGACGUCGAGCAGGCACGCAAGCAGUUCCCCGCGCUGCGGCAAAAACAGGUCUUUUUCGACAACGCCGGAGGAUCGCAGACUCUAGGGACGGUGAUAACGUCGUAUGUCAAGCCAGACACGAUUUGAAGGUCCCGUGAUAACGCGUGCGUCAUUCAGAAUCGCAGAUUAUCUAUCAAACACAAACGUUCAACUCGGAGCGACAUACCCUGUAGGUCGCCAAUCCACAAAGGCAUACACCGAUGGAUGCAAAGCAGCAGCGGAUUACAUGAAUGCUGCUCCAGAAGAGAUUGGUACGGCACUGUGCGCCUGCUGCUAUGCAUUGAAUGCUUCCUAACUUCGUGGUUUUGUCGUCCAUCAGUCAUCGGGCCGUCCACGACUCAAUUGUUCCGCAACUUGUCAAUGGCGAUCAAAUGGCGUCCAGGUGACGAGCUCGUUCUUUCCAAAGUCGACCACGAAGCCAACAUAGCAUCGUGGGUGGACAUCGCCUCCCGGCUCAACCUGACCGUGAAAUGGUGGAGUCCAGAACCAAGCACAAAUCCAAAGCUGGAUCCGCGCGACCUGGAAAAGCUCCUCACCCCGAAGACGCGGCUCGUGACUUGCACGCACACGUCCAACAUCCUAGGCACCAUUGUCGACAUCAGAGCCAUCGCCGACGCCGUGCAUCGGAUUCCAGCCGCGAUGCUCUGUGUCGACGGGGUGGCGUACGCUCCGCACCGGCGCAUCGACGUGAAGGCGCUCGGCGUGGAUUUCUACAGCUUCAGCUGGUACAAGGUGUACGGACCACACAUUGCCGUACUGUACGGAAGCGAAAAGGCGCAGGAGCAGCUCGCUAGCCUGGGACACUGGUUCAACCCGACGACGACGCUGGAGAACAAGCUGGGGCUCGCCGCUGCGAACUACGAGCUCACCCAGGCGCUUCCAAAGGUCGUGGAGUAUCUUGCGUCGCACGACCAAGCGGAAACAGCCACGCACGAGGCACGAUUGGCAGAGGUCUUGCUGAGCUACCUAAGGGGACGGGAGGAUGUCACUGUAUACGGAGAAACCAGCUCGGAUCCGGAUCUGAGAGUGCCAACGAUUAGUUUCAAUGUCAUGGGCUGGCGUUCGAGGGAAGUGGUCGAAACCAUGGAGAAGCAGUCCGAUUUCGGAUUUCGAUGGGGUCAUUUCUACAGCAAGCGGCUAUGCGAUGAGAUACUGCAGUCUGGGGAAGAGGGGGUCGUAAGAGUGAGCAUGGUACAUUACAACACUGAGGACGAGAUACAAAGAUUUGUGGAUACGUUUCAUGAGAUAGUUAGGCCAAAGUAAAGUUGUGAACGCAAUUCCAACAGAUUUGACCUCAAUUGUCGAUGUGCCAUUGCCUCUACCUUGCUCCAGUAGAGCUAUCGCAAAACGUAAGCGGUGUAGAGUUGAAGCAUUGUAAAUCUUAUUGGCUUUUGAAGGGAUUCUUUCGUUCUAUAAUAAAAUUCGACGUGUGGUUGGAA